AUGGAGACGUUGUCAGGAAAUACGAAUGAACCGACGACACCAGAUCAAACUGCACCCCGCGAACCGACGUCGACUCCGGAGUCUCUGCAGUUGGCGGCUUUGAACGAUUCAAACAGGCAGUCAUGCGAGAAAUCUUGUCCUGACGAAAAGGCGAAUGGGAAUGGGAAUGAAAAUGGGAAGAUGGAGGAGGAGAAAGUGGGGGUAUUGGAAAAAGUGAAAGGCGUAUUGAAGCUGGCGAGCGACGCAAGUCAGGCGAGCUUAGGUUCGGAUUGGAAGGACGAGGAUAUCGUAUAUCCAGAUGGAGGCUUGAGAGCUUGGAUGGUCGUCAUUGGGGCUUACUAUGAGACGACGAUGUUACCGACGACCUCCCCUUCUGCUAUCGCAUGGAUAGGUUCGAUGCAGUACUCCCUCGUCUACAUCCCUGGAGUCUUCGCUGGUCGAUUAUGUGACCUCGGCUACUUCAAAGUACCCUUCAUAACAGGCGCCUCGAUCGCUGUCUUGGCUAUCUUUCUCAUCGCCGAGUCGACAAAGUACUGGCAGCUGUUGGUGACCCAGGGUAUCAUGCUUGGUCUCGGGGCGGGUAUAUGUGACGGGGCUCUUUUCCCUGUUGUUGCGCAUUGGUGGUAUAAACGACGGGGGUUGGUGUUUGGUCUGGCGGCUGUGGGUGCUUCAGCCGGAGGAGCGGUGUAUCCUAUUGCUGCCCGGGAACUUAUUCCUCUCGUAGGGUUCCCAUGGACAAUGCGCAUCAUGGGCUUCUUCUCCGCGUUCGCCUUAGGUUCGGCUAGUAUCCUCGUUUCGAGGAGGCUACCUCCUAAGAAUAUGCCCGGUGGAAUCUUCAACCUUGCCGUGUUCAAGAACAAGACUUUUUCGGUUUAUUGUGGGUCGACGUUGGUUAUUUUCCUGGGGAUCUAUACUGUUCUGACCUAUAUCGACAUCGGAGCGACUCGAGCGGGCAUCUCACCUGAAUUCUCUUUCUAUCUCGUUAGCAUCGCCAAUGCGAGUGCUGCGCCUACGCGUGUUGCUAUCGGGCUUUUGGCUGAUCGGUUUGGCGCGGUGAAUGUGAUCGUACCCUUCACGCUCUCGGCUGCGAUUCUCACAUUCGCUUGGCCGUAUGCGACGACGAAGGGGUCGCUGAUUGCGUUAGCUGUUCUUUAUGGGAUGUGCAACUCCGCUUUCGCCUCAGUGUUCAACCUCCCCUUGUACACACUAGGCGACAUGGGGGACGUAGGCCGCCGGGUAGGCAUCGUGAUGUUCUUCACGUCUAUCGGGGCGCUUGUUGGUCCGCCUAUUUCGGGCGCUUUGUAUGAUAAGACUGGGGGGAUGCAUGCUGUUAGUUACUAUGCUGGCGGAGCGAUUAUUUUGGGGUGUUCUAUGAUGCUUUAUGCGAAGUAUUUGUUUUAUGGUGGGACUUUGAAGGGGAAGUGGUAG